CCCGCUUCUGUAUUGCCUUAGCUGCAAGUGCCUCGGGAGGAUGCAUUUCGCGGGACUCUCAACCAGAAGCUGCGCCUGCUCCUUCGAGGUCUAGGCUGAAGGGUGGGGUUGGAAAUAGGACUUGGAAACUCCCCAAACAGCUGGACAGACUGGACGUGUCAGGAGAUUUAUUCUGAUUGGUGUUAGCCUAAUAGAGAUUCUUUUCCUGGGGAACCCAUAUAAAGAAGGGUCUAAGAGAAAAAGUUAUCUUCCCCUCCCAGUCUUGUAACAGACGCAAAUGAAAAUGUUGGUAUUGGAUUCCUCUGUUUGGUAAAUAACAACUCAGGAGUUACAGUGCAAUUCUGUGUAUAUCUGCUUGGAAGUAAAUCCCAAUAAAUUCACUGGUGCUUAUUCCAAGGUAAACAUUUCUAAUAGAAGGAAGGAAGAAGUUGGCAGAAACAAGGAAAUGAAGGAAACCUUUGGGCUCUCAAUACGAGGAAUCAAAGUGCAUCUUCAGUGAAAGUGUGAAGCUGAAGUCCUUGCAGUUCUCUUCACUUUGAUCGUGGUGGGAUGACAUACAAAUGCAGGCAGAAAACUGACAUGUGUUUGGCUGAAAACACACUUGAGAAUGUUUGCCUUCAGCAGAAAAUGUAUGACAUUAUGAACAAUUAUUUCUGGAGUUCUUUAAUUAAUAAGCCUGCAGUUACCAUCUUCAUUCUUUGCUCAUAUCUACUACAAAUUCAGACCAGCAGUGCCAUUGAUUGGCGUCCAGUGAUAGUGGAUUUGGAUCAGAUUGUUGAAAGCAAUUCUGAGAUUGAUGCCUCUUUAUAUACUGCAGACUUAAACUAUCCUGUUACUUGUAAUAUAUCAGUUGUGAAGUGUUUUUUCCUUGAGUUGCAAGUACUUUUGCAUGAAUCUAAAAUCGGAGGUGAUGAAGAGUUUCAUGACAAUGUGAAUCGUGUGUUCAGAUCUGUCAAUAAGUUUUUAUCAGGCCAUCAGGGCAGUGAAACAUCCCAGUGUCGAGAAUGUGAAACAUUCGAAGAAAAAACAUAUACAGAAUUUAUUAAAGACUUCACGGUUGUGGCACGACGAUUCAAUAAAGAAGAGCACCCAAAAAGCGUUAAAUGACAUAUUCCGUUGUAGCAGGACGAACUAAUUUCUUGCCCUCUAGAAAUAAAAAAUUGGGAGAAUAUAACAGGAUCAUAAUGAAAGAGAUGGUGGCAAGUGAAGCCUUUCCAAACUUUUCAAAAACUACAGCCGGGGUGUUGAACCUCUUUCAGCCCACAGGCCAAAUUCAAUUUCAAAGAAGCUCUUGGGGGCACAGUGGUGGACAGGGCUGAAAGCAAAAUGAAGUGGGUCCCAAGGCAAAGGGGAUGGGGCCAAAAUAACAAAAUACUAUCAUAUUGUUGUUUAAAGCUGUUACUGCAGCAACAAAACCUUAGAAGAGGUAUUCCGGACUUUUAGGAUGAGGAACAAAACAUGCAAAAGUCAGGAAACCACCAAACAUUUGGUGGUUAGUGGAAAGGGGUGAAGUCAGGGGAAAGAGGCAUGAGCAUCUGGGGAGCCCUGGAGGGCAGGAUUUGGCCCAUGAGUCUGAAGUUCUGCACCCCUGUCCUAAUAGGAUGCUUUUAAAAGAUUACCAGUUUACAAAAUAUG